CCGAGGCACCGACCUGUGAACAGGCAGACAGGGCAGCUCCGCUGAUCCCAUACCAAAUCCCAGCAUGCCUGCCUUCUCUGCCACACAGUGGCAGUGGGAAACUUCUGGGACCUACCCCAAGUAUUUGCUGGAGAGGGAACACCUGAACUUCAGAGAAGAGAGAGAAAUGGAAAAAAUAUCUCCAAAAUAUUAGGUUUAAACUCAGUACUGUUCAAACACACAUCCUCGUGCAGAACCAUUGCUGAGAGCUGCUGCCCGGGCCCCUCCGUGAGCAGCAGUAACGCAGCCUGCUCUCGGCCGUCCGAAACGCGGAGGGACGACGACGUUCUGCAGCGGGUUCGGCAGAUCGGAACUUCAGAGCUGAGGACGUUGGAGGCAGAGGGCACAGAACGCCCAGCACCAAGGUACCAGCACCUCCCAGCCAUGAUGGGCUGCCAGGAGAGCGAGUACCUGGAUGAGCAUGGGAAGUGCGUGCUGUGCAGGAGCUGCAUGCCUGGGCAGGAGCUCUCCAAGGACUGUGGUGAUGGUGUAGGGGGGGAUGCACAGUGCGUUGCUUGCCCUCCCAGGAAGUUUAAGGACAGCUGGGGCCAUCAUGGCUGCAAGCCCUGCCUGUCCUGCGCCCUCAUCAACCGCAUCCAGAAGUCCAACUGCACAGCGACAGCCAACGCAGUGUGUGGGGAAUGCCUGCCAGGGUUUUACCGCAAGGCACGGCUCAGUGGGCAGCUGGACUGGGAGUGCAUCCCCUGCACCAAGCAAACACCCUCCUCCGAGCCCCAGUGUCGAUCCAGAACAAACCUGGUGAAAGUGGCAGUCCCCACGGUGCCGCCACAGGACACAGCCCUGCUUGCCCUGACCAGUAGUGCCCUGGUCAUCAUCGUGCUGGUGCUUCUGGCCCUCUCCAUCAUUUACUGCAAGCGAUUCUGGAAGAGCCAGUGCCAGCGAGUCUUCCUGCGGACACAGAACUUCUCAGGACAACGGGCGAUGUUCCCCACCUCGUCAGUGCCCGGCAGGUUUCUAUGUGAGGAGAAGAUGUCUGGCCCCUGCUGCCUGGGCAUGAAGAACCUCAGCCCCUGCUACAGGCAGACAGAAGGCCCGGUGGAAGCGGUUCAGUUCAUUUCAGAGGGAGAAGCCAUCGGCCUCCAGCUGCCGCCUGCCCAGCCCGAGCUGGAGCUGCCACCGGCCGUGGCAGGCAGCCCUGUGCCCAAGGGCCAGCUGGCCAGGAGCGGCCUGGAGAGCCAGCCCCUGAUGCGAGGCUGUGCCGAGCACCGGGCCACCGCUAUGGCCCCCUCUGACCUCAGGCCGGGCCCAGCGGAGGCCCUGGCCCCGCUCUCCUCCUGCGCCUCUGAGAUGCAGCACAAGUGGCCCCACACCCCGGUGGAGUGCACUGAGCUCGACCUGCAGAAAUUCUCCUCCCAGAUGGAGUUCGUGGGCAGUGAGCGGUCAGAAGAAGCGGGGAGCCGGACAGCCCCCAAGGAGAGCGGCAGUGCAGCACUGGAGGCCGGCAGCGGGCUCGGCAUGGGCCCAGUGAGGGGCAUGUCCCCCACCAUGCAGAGCCCCGGCACCGAGAGCAGGGAGCGGCAGGUGAAUGAUGCCCAGAGCCUUGUGACUCAGAUCAGCAGUACGAUGAAGGGUCUCCCUGUUGCAGAGCUGCCCCAUUCCUUGGUGCAGUCACUGGCUUUCUUGUUAGACCCUUCCUUGAACGGUGUGAAGAACUUCAGCCAUGUGGCACUGGAGCUGGGAGUCAUGCCUCAGUUGCUGGGCCGGAUUUCUGGAUUUGAGCAGCUCGUCGCCCACCUCACCUACUCGGGAGACACGGUCACCAUUCCUCGGCUGGCCCAGGCUCUGCAGCGACUGCAGCGCUUCGACGCCUUGCUCCUGCUGUGUGACCACUUCGCUCUCAGCCAGAUCCAGGGCCGCCAGUGCUAGGAGAAGGCAGGGAAGGGACAGAGGAAACUGCAAGCACUGUGUGUACUGGUACGGGAGAGGAUCUGGUAGCCCUGUGGUCACAUCAUCUCUCUAACAUGCAUGUGGGGAGAUGGUCUUUGCAUUGUGGAAUAGAAGCAUGCAAGGAGGAGCAUCCUUCCUUGUUGAAGAGCAGAGGAGCUGGGGAGGUGACAGCACCGUGCGUUCUCACAGCUGUCACUCCUGGGAGACGCUGUGCUCAGCUCCUGCUGUUCUUUUUUCUUCAGCUGUACUUACUCCCAUGUCCAGCAGCAUAGCAAUGUCACAGUUGCUGUGCCUGUCGGUGUGUAGAAAGCCUAGUCCUUUGUGAGCUGUUGGCAUUGGGAUCAAUUCUGUGAGGUCCUUGGUCAUGGCAGAUCUCCUUCCCAGCACCUUCCUCUGCUGGCACAAUGAGCCAUGAGGGGCUCUGGAGGCCUCGGGGUGUCUUCCACACCAACAGUGCUGAUGUUUGCUGGCUUCUCCUCAGUUGUGUACUGCUCACUGACAGGGCCAACUAUCACUUCUCUCCCAUUCCAGUUUUUCAGAACUUUUUCCUUUGGCCCAUACUAUGUUUUUCUGGAUUCCUGUUCCUACUUUGAGUUGAAUCUCUGUUCUCUGCUCUCUGUGCACUGGAGAUGCAGUUCCUGGAGGAGGACCUGCAUGACCAUCACUGUGUGGCUGGGAGUCACGCAGUCAUUCUCAGUGCCAUUGCAGCAUUUGGCAUGUUUAAAUUCAUUUCCUUUACUUGAAAUGGUACGGUUUUCUUAAAGGAGUACAGUUUUCUUUCAGUACCAGAAUACUUUGGUGUGGGUUUUUGUUGGAUGCAGCGCUGUGCUGCUCCCUGCCUGGGGCAGUGUGUUCACUCCCCAGUCUGCUGGUGACCACCUCUGCUGUACUGUGCCAGUGCAUCCAUGUGCUGCCUGCCUGGUGUGGCUCCAGCAUUGGUGCUGGGUGCAGCAGAGUGCUGGAGGCCGGGACCCUUCACUGCCUUCUGCUGCACCGCGGAGUGCGGCUGGUGCCCGGCCACUGCCAGGCACACUGGGGCUGGCUGGAGACCGAAGCUCAUGACCAUGGCUGCGCUGUGGGGAGCGUUGGAGUCCCUGUGCCAACGACAGCAGAGCAGGCUUGUUUUAAGUUGGUUUGGUUUUUUUCUGCCUAAAAAUGAGUUAAUUUUCUCAUUUCUGGAAGUAGCUGUUAGGGAGGGAACACCCUUCCACAUUUAAUUUGCUCCUGAUGGAUUUGUCAGGGCUUGCAGCAGUUUGGCCUGCAUGAGACUCCCCACGAGUUUGGGCGCAGAGCUGUGGGGCAGCUUGCAGGGCUGGUGGCUGCCUCACUGCUCUGUACCGCCGGCUUCAGGAGCUCCCUGUGUCAUGGGGCUUCCAGGGGGCCUUCUGACAAGCAGGGUUUGUGUCCCAUGCCGGAGUGACUUGCAGCAGGACACCGUGCCCUGCCUUAGGCAGCAGUGCCCGCACAAUCCCCUCGCCCCAGGAUUUUUGUCGAGGGCAAAUCCCAGCGCAGCAUGCGGGGAGCGGCCCUGCGGGGGUGGGUGGAAUGCGAGGCCCUGUCAGCUGGGGGAGAUGCCCGGCACGCGCCCGGCCCCGCCGUGGCGGGGAUGCCUGUCCCAGCAGGGAUGCCUGCACCGCUGAGGUCAUGGCGCGCAGCAGCUGAGCGGCACUGGUGGGAGCUCACCUCCCUGGCAGUGUUGUCCGAUGGAAGGACUGUCACGCAGGUUCCCUGAGCUGAGGUCUUUGUGCCAUGCCCGGCUCCAGCAGCUGCUACAAGGCCAAGCUGGGAGCUGGUUGCUGCAGGGUGGGCGGGAGGUGUCAGCCCGCAGCUCCCUGCUGAUUGCACUGGGACAACGCUGUGCUGAGCUGUCUGUCUGCCUCUGCCCAGAAGCGUAUACCUGUGACUUGCUGCCUGCAUCUUGUGAGCUCAAUCUUGAGCAUUUCAGUGCUCUGACCAAACUAUGCUGUGAUUUGAUAAACCCAGGGAUUUGGGGGCAGCAAGGUGACCUCGGGGCACUGAUGGGAGGCCUCGCGCUGGUGCUCACUGAUCCCACUGAAGAUCAGAGUCAGAAGUGCCUUUAGGCAGGGGACCUGGGGUUGACAUCUCCGGUGAUACACCAGGGAGCAUGAGCCUGUCUUGUUUCUCCCCUCUUUCUGCACCAUUUUGUGCCUGCUGAGUCCAUUUCCCUGCCUAACUUUCUCCCCUUGCCCUAGUCUUGCUCCUUGCACCCCUGGGGUCUAGUGGACAUCUCGGGCCAUUUCUGUCCUUCCUGGUGCUGCUGUCCCCUUGCAGCUGCUGCUCACAGCCAGAUGGCUAUUGGUCCUGAGUGCCUGUACCCCAGGGCCCCUGGGACAUGCUUGCUGAGUGCCAUGUCCUUGCUGAAGGCUGCAGCUGGAUCUGAGCGCUGUGUCCUCCCCCCUGGGGCCGGCUGCGCUGUCCCUGGCCGUUCCAGCGGGGCGGUGGCUGCCAGCAAGUGGCACUGUUCCCCUGCCUGGGGCAUCCCCAGGCUCUGCCUCUUAUCUGACCACAGUGCUUGGAAAAAGUGCACGACUUUCUGGGAACACAGCCCUCCCUCAGAUCUGCCCAACAGCAAUAUUAAUAGAUGUUCUGGUUUGUUUGUUUUUUUUUUUUUCUCCUUUUCUCCUGUUAAAUGCUGUUAAGACUUGAACGUGCUCAGGAUGUGGUCAGAUAACGGGAGGCCUGGAUAGCUUCACUGGAUGUACCAUUUUCUCUCCCGCUGUUUAUAUCUUCCAGAGUUGCAGUUGUUUCAUUGUUCUUUGCUUUGUGAGAACUAGAGAUGUCAGUCAGACCUUGCACCCUCUUUGGCUGGGGCUAGCCAGGCUCUGGAGAUGUGCUUGUUCUGUUACAGGGCCAUCAGGGAAAGUGUUUCUGGUGCACACACAGCCCUGGGCCCUGGGGCUAAGCUUUUUUUUUUUUCAUCUGAGGUUCAUCUGCAGCAAGGAGAGAGUAUUGGAUUAAUCACAUAACACAAUCAAAUAUUUAAUGUCUCUGUGAUGAGUUCACCUGCAGCUGUUGGGGCAGGAGCAAUCGUGCAGCUGUGCUAUCAGCUGUGGCUCUGAAGGUGAAGCUGGGUUGGUGCCUCAUGCCGUGCCCUGGGAGCUCCUUUCUCUGCCCCUUGGUGGGGACCAGGCUGCGGCUCCUGCCCCUGCAGCACUGCAGUGAAUUAGGAACGGAGCAGAUAACGAGAGCUCCACAGUGUGUGCUGCAGAGCUUCACGGGGGGGUGGCUUCUGUCCCUCCUGCCCUCACUGGACACUUGUGUUGAUGUAGGUGGGCUCUGGACAGAAAAAGAUUUGGUUGGUUUUUUUUUUCCUUCUUUAAAGAAAUCAGACCCAUUCUCAUAACAGUUUUUAAGGGAAACUUUUAUAUUUUAGCUGUUUGAUGCCUGAGCAAUAUUGCUCACAUUCAGAGCCUACCUCUGCCGCGGUGCUGAGGAGGCGGUGCGGGGCCGGCCGCCGUGUUUUAGCUGUUUUAACUUUAUAACUGUUGUCACUGUUUCACUGUCCCUGGGCCCUGUGGAGCCCACCCAGAGCCCCUGCAGUGUCGCUGUGAGCCGCCGCGGGCGGUGCUCCAUGUCUGCUGCGGUGCUGUGUGACAGGGCUGCCUACGGCCACCAUCAACCUGUGCCAGCAGCAGGCUCCCAUCAGCCACGUUGCCAGAGCAGCUGGGAUGUAGCUCACUUGAAGCCCAUGGGGCUGCUCCUCACUGCCAGGCGGAAGCCCUCAGAAGAGGGGGACCGCAGGAGCCCCGAGAUGGGGCCACGAGGCUGCGGUUUGACACGGGCAAAUAGUGGCCAUCGCUGGGCGGGCAGGCGAGCAUGGGUUUCUUUAGCUGGGAACUAAUAGGCUUGAUACUUGACUUCUGAUUUUUCUCCUUAAUAGUAUUUUCAGCACAACAAUUGGAAUGUACGGGAAGGAAGUUCCCAUAGUGUUAGAUCUUGCAUUUCAACUUCAGGAAGCUACUGGUGCCAAGCUGGCACGGCUCAAAGAAAGUUGAAAGAAAUAAAAUAAUUCAGCAUCUGUGCAAACUUUAGUUGGGACUGAACAAUGGAAAUACUCUUGGGCAGUGGGAUUUCUGCAACGAGCAAUUGUUUUGACACCAGUGCUGUCUGGAAGUCUGAUCUACAGAAAAAUUUAUGCAAUGGGUUUUGGUCCAGUCCUGUUCUGAAAGCUCCUAAGCACACACUUGCAUACGUAAAUCCAAUUAAAGUGAACAAGUAAUGAGUACAUCCUUGGGUGCUAUUCUUGAACAGGGUGUUUAUAAGCAUUGUACCUUCACUGUGCUCUUCCGUGAGCAGGCAAUACUGCAGAAAGCUUUUGAUCAGUAUGGGCACACAUUCAGAAGUCUGCAAGUGCUAAGGAGAGAUGCACUACAGUUUGUUUAGAUUACUUAACAUUGCAGAUUCUGGUGCUUUUCUGAAAAUAAAUAACGUUUUAUAGCCAUGGUUUACCUCUAGGAAUACCUGGUAAUUUUUAUGGUAGAUGUUAUUUCUUCAAGGUUGUGAAUGGGUUAUUUAUAUUUUUGUAAUUUUCCUAUGUCAUUAGCAUUACAAUUCUGAAGUUUAGUUAUUUCCAUUGUUUUUUGGGAUGUUGUCUGUAUUCAAAUGAAACAGUAGCUGGAGCUCUUAAGUUUUUGUUAAAUACGGGGUGUUUGUUCCCCACAUUCCACCCAGACGUGGUGCUGUCGGAUGCUGUGUACAUGUAGUUAAAUAAAUCCCAGAGGUGGA